AUGCACAAGGCAGAAAAAUCCACCAGCCUCAUGGGCAUACGUGCGCUUCCGACUCGGCGCUGCUGUAGCAACGGCGGCACGUGCGUGCUGGGCAGCUUUUGCGUGUGUCCUGCCCCCUUCACCGGCCGCUACUGUGAGCACGACCAGAGGCGCAGCCAGUGCGGCGCCCUAGAGCACGGAGCAUGGACCUUUCGCGAUUGCCGCCUGUGCCGCUGCGUCUUCGCCGCGCUGCAUUGCCUGCCCCACCAGCCACCUGGCCACUGUGACCUGAAAGACCUUCUGGCGUCAUAUUCUCCUGGGCCAAGCGCACAGCGCCUACUGAGUGGCCUCCUUCUUCCCUGCCUCCUGCUGCAGCGUGUCCUCCAGGACUCAGGGCUACUCAGCGCGCUCUGA